AUGGAUAAUAAAAACUCCAACAAUAAACGUGGUGCUGAUGAUCCUAAUCAAGAUAACAAUAACAAUAAACGAAGUCGUUCAGCAAAAGUUGAUUUAAGGUUUCUUGUUGCUUCACGUGAUGCAGGUGCGAUAAUUGGACGUGGAGGAAAGAAUAUUCAACAACUUCGUACAAAACAUAAAACAAUUAUACAAGUGCCGGACUGCGAUGGUCCCGAACGUAUUUUGACCAUUGGUGGCGAAAUAGACGCAUGUAUUGAUUGCCUAACGGAUGUAUUACCAACCAUGGCUGAUAAUCAACGUUUACGGCAAGAUCAAAAUGAGCUUCGCGCAUUGAUACAUCAAAGUCAAGCCGGUGCAAUCAUAGGAAAAGGAGGUGAACGUGUAAAAGAACUGAGACAAAAACAUGGUUUGGAUGUUAAAGUAUUUCCUGAAACGUGCCCUCAAUCAACUGAUCGUGUUGUUUUGUGUCGUGGAGAACAAGACGCUAUUUUAAAUUGUUUACGGGAAGUAUAUUCAAUUCUUGAUAAGACACCGCCUCGUGGACCAGUGCGAUUAUAUGACCCAUUUACUUACGAUGAAUUUCUUAUACAAGGCUAUGGAGGAUUUGCGAAUGAUGAAACGAGUCAAUAUCCUGAGCGUCGACAACGAGGGGGUCAAGAUGACAGACAAGGCGGCGGUGGAGGAAAUUAUAAUGACAGACAGGGAGGUUAUAAUCGGGGUGGGGGAGACUACUAUCCGCAGCAAGGACCAAUGCCAAAUGGUAUGCGACCAAUGAUGGAUCAGUAUGGACAGCCUCCUCCUCAAACGACCCAAGUAACAAUCCCAAAUGAUUUAGUCGGCGCUAUUAUUGGACCGCGUGGGACACGUAUCUCUCAGAUACGACAACAAUCAGGAGCUGGUAUUAAAAUCGAUGAUCCAUUGCCGGAUAGUAAUGAUCGUGUAAUAACAAUUCAAGGUUCACCUCUACAAACAUCACAAGCUCAAUAUCUUUUACAAAUGGCUAUGACAACAAAAAUGUUUGAUUCGAUUCCUGAUUGUGUUGGUUAUUUAGUAUUAAAUGAAGAUGGCACAAUUGCACAUAGUCAUGGAGAUUUAGAGAAUAAUGAAACAAGUGCAAAUUAUAUCUAUAAAAUGGUCUUAUGUGCAACAAAAGUAUCGGUUCAUCCAAAAAAAUAUAUAGCAUUUAAACGAUUAACAAGUAAAGACCUGUUGUUAACAAUAAAAUGA